CACCCAGGACCAAGGUUAGCUGUGUCACCUCAAUCUGGAGUCUCUCCACCUCAUGGCUUGGAAACUCCCUGGCUGAUCUGGGCUGAAUGCUGAUGCUCUGAAUCAGUUCACGAAGUGCUACUGGGCAGUAGGAAACCUUCCACAAGGUUUACUUAUCUGUCCAAGGCUACGUCUACACUGCAGCAACAGAGCAGACUGAUUACGGGCUAGACUUCAUGAAUAGAAAGUUCUGGUACUGUUAGACUCCCCAGCCACCCCUAUCCACCAUGGACCAGGAUUAUGAGAGACGUCUCCUACGCCAGAUCAACAUCCAGAAUGAAAACACGAUGCCUAGUGUAGUUGAGAUGAGACGAACACUGACACCUUCCAACUCUCCAAUGUCCUCCCCCAGUAAACAUGGCGACCGUUUCAUUCCCUCAAGAGCUGGGGCCAACUGGAGCAUUAACUUCCACAGGAUAAAUGAAAAUGAAAAGUCACCAAGUCAAAACAGAAAAGCAAAGGAUGCUACCUCAGACAAUGGCAAAGAUGGCCUUGCUUACUCAGCCUUGCUAAAGAAUGAACUGCUGGGAGCAGGGAUUGAGAAAGUCCAGGACCCUCAGACAGAGGACAGGAGACUGCAGCCAUCCACGCCAGAGAAGAAGAGCCUCUUCACGUAUUCCCUCAGCACCAAACGCUCCAGUCCAGAUGAUGGCAACGAGGUCUCCCCAUAUUCUCUAUCGCCUGUCAGCAACAAAAGUCAGAAAUUGCUAAGAUCACCUCGAAAACCAACAAGAAAAAUCUCCAAGAUUCCUUUCAAAGUGCUGGAUGCUCCAGAGCUGCAGGAUGACUUCUACUUGAACCUUGUGGACUGGUCUUCUCUCAAUGUUCUCAGUGUUGGCCUUGGCACCUGUGUUUACCUUUGGAGUGCUUGUACUAGCCAGGUGACCCGGUUGUGUGAUCUGUCUGUGGAAGGCGAUUCUGUGACAUCGGUGGGCUGGUCAGAACGGGGGAACUUGGUAGCAGUGGGCACUCACAAGGGCUUUGUACAGAUCUGGGAUGCAGCUGCAGGGAAGAAAUUGUCCAUGCUCGAGGGACACACCGCCAGAGUGGGUGCUUUGGCAUGGAACGCAGACCAGCUUUCUUCCGGCAGUCGGGACAGAAUGAUCCUUCAGAGAGACAUCCGGACCCCCCCUCUGCAGUCUGAGCGACGGCUUCAGGGCCACAGGCAGGAGGUGUGUGGCCUGAAGUGGUCCACAGACCACCAACUCCUGGCAUCGGGCGGAAAUGAUAACAAGCUCCUUGUGUGGAAUCACUCCAGCUUGAGUCCUGUCCAGCAAUAUACAGAGCACCUAGCUGCUGUGAAAGCUAUCGCCUGGUCUCCACACCAGCAUGGUCUGCUGGCCUCCGGUGGUGGGACAGCUGACCGCUGCAUACGGUUCUGGAACACUCUGACUGGGCAGCCUUUGCAGUGCAUUGACACCGGGUCACAAGUGUGCAAUCUGGCUUGGUCCAAACAUGCCAAUGAACUAGUGAGUACCCAUGGAUACUCGCAAAACCAGAUCCUUGUCUGGAAAUAUCCCUCCUUAACUCAAGUAGCAAAACUAACAGGGCAUUCGUACAGAGUCUUAUAUCUGGCAAUGUCUCCUGAUGGGGAGGCCAUAGUCACGGGGGCAGGAGAUGAAACACUGAGGUUCUGGAAUGUCUUCAGCAAAACCCGCUCAACAAAGGAGUCUGUGUCUGUUCUGAAUCUCUUCACCAGGAUACGGUAAAACUUAAUCGUGCUCCAAGAGACCCCGGUACGAUGUGCCAGGCACAAGCCACGAACUUGGCAUGCACGGACCCUCUCGCUAUCAACCAGAAGAGGGGAAGAGAGUGCCAGUGGGUUUGGAGGACGGACUUUCAAGAUUCUUAUUAAAUACGUGAUUGUGAACCAUAUUGGACAGUAUUUGGGGCGGGGCUGGGCGGGCAAAGGACCUGGCAAAGGGUUCAGAAUUUAUUCUCCAUAAAGGGGGACAGUUGCAAGAGGGGAAAACCGAAAGUAUCUAAUUUUGUACAUUGGGUAGAACUUGUGUGAUAUGGACCAUGAUAAGAAGACAAGGCCAAGGGCAUCUCAACUGCUGCUUUGUACCCUCUGGGAGCGCUGAGUAUUCCAUAAGGGGUGUGUCGGGAGGCCUGGGUUGUGUGAGGAGGGCUUUGGAACCCUGCUCUGGGCUCGUCAUUCUCUGAUUUGACAGGCUUCUUCAGACGCAGGCGUGGGAGCCAGACUUCAUCAAAUUGUCCCGUGGGGAAGGACAAAAGCUAGAGCUGGGGAGAAGCCUCUCGAAUGUAGAAGAGUUUUGGUUUGGCUCGAGACUCAUUCCAAGUAGAAAAAAGGAGAACUUAUUUUUUUCAGAUCCACAGUUUUUCUCUUCAGCUUAAAAAAAAAAAAAAAAGACUAAUACUUCACAUGCCUGUUGAGUGAAGACCAUUUAAUUUUCAGCACACUUAGUAUCUACCUAAAACCAUUGAACUGAGAAUUUUUUUAAAACGUUUUAACAGCCUCUUCUGAAGGAAAGAUUACUGCACAAUCCAAAGAGACGAUGGGUUUUUUUAAGCGAAUUAUUGCAAUUACAUGUUCAUAGCUGGUCUCCAGACUUUUAGUUUAAUGGGGAAACGAUGGCUUUUUUUUAAAUGACCCAGGAGUAUUUAUUUAGAGCUUUAUGCUGUGCCAAUUAUUGCAGACUGAUUGCUGCAGAGUGUCUUUAUGAGGACAAAAGCAGUUGAGAUGGAUUUAGAAAAAAAGACUAUUGUUGAUCUGUUUUCAAAGACAAAGGUUCUUUGAGAUUGUUGCCUGUCUUCCACAUGGAACGGAAGAAACAUCAUGUGUUUGUAAGUCUGUGUGCGAGGUUUUUAGGCAAGGGAGAAGUGUUGCCUUUUUAAACUUCAAUUAGGUCAGAGCCAGAGACCCAUUUUUAAGUUUCAGGAAGAGAGCGAACCUGCCAGUUUGUUGGAAUAAUGCAGUGGGGUGUGAUGCUAAGCACUUUGUGUGUGUGUGCGUGCGUGCGUGUGUGUGUGUCGCUUUUAAUUUAAAGAGAAGCUGUUUUGCUUGCAGCAGCUGGUUUCUGUCUCCUUUGUACAUGUGCCAACGCUUGCCUGCUGUGCAUCUGGCUCUUCUGCCUACCCCUUUUGUAGCGCAUGUGGAUGUAAGUGUCUUUUUCUCUUGGCUGUUGUGUGUGUAUAUAGCCCUUGUCCUGUUGUACAUAGUGUGGAGGCAGAUUCCUUCUUGGGGAAACCAGACUGCCAGCGGUGGGGGGAUGGGUGGGUGUGGGAAGUAUCUGCUUCUCUGCAGCAUCCCCUGGAGAAAGGGUGAAUGGCGGGUAGCCAGUCAGAGAACUGAGAUUCCAUGUCACUACGGCCUUGACCGAGCCUGCCAUUUCCAGCUAGUGCCUCUUGGCGCAGGAGCACAGUCCCUCGGCGCAGCUGACGGCAUUGGAGCUCUUGAAGCCAAAAAUGGGACUGAUUAAUCCCCUGGCCCCGUCUGCUCCUCCAAAUGGCUGCAGCACAGACCUGCUUAGCUCUGAUUGUCCACAAAAUUACAAGGCACCAUAAAAGUGGUUGGUAAUGGUCCCCUGCUUCCUCUUGCUGCUUGCUACUCCUGUGGCACCCUCCCGUCACUACAGCACUAAGGAACCGGUACCUGUCAGGCCCCUGAGUUAGCAAACAUGUUGGAAUUGAAAGCAUCACUUGCAGUGAAAGGUGGCCUGGCUGGGGACUUGUUCCGCCCCUUGGGGAAUCGUGGGGGAGAAGGGGCCAGAGGAGAGAAACGCACGUGUUGAGAUCAGUGAUUGGAGGAGGGGAAAUGCGGGGGGAGCCACUUCUGGGGCUUAGUUUCUCCUGUGCUGCCUGAGUUUUGGUCUGCCUCUGUUCUCCAGGCCCUGGCCCACUGUCACAACCACUCUCAAAACAUUUUCUUCCUCAAUUAAAAUCAGUAGAAGGAGGGAACCAAGGAAACCGCUUCAGAGGGGAGUCAGUUUGUCCCUGCUCAAGUUGUGUAAGUGUCCAGCUAGUGAGAAGGGAGCCUGGGAAAGUGUUGGGUGCAGAAGACAGGUGGGAAGUCUGAUGGUGGCUUGGGGGACAGGAGGGAGAGGGACAGACCAGGCUGGCAAGGGUCCUGGCAGCUAGACUGACAGCAGGCCCCCUGCCUGCCCCACUCCCACAGGAUGGAGAGGAGCAAGCCGGAUUAUUUACCGGGCAUAUGGUCAGCGAACGGGCCCUUGUGCAAACUGCACCUGAGAGCGCCCAUACUGGGUGCUCGGCUGAGGGGAGCUUUGCUUUUUCACGGGAGAGGCUUUGCUUUAGAAAAGGGAGGGCUGCAGAGUCCCGUCCAUUAGGCCUGGCAGGUUCAGGUUUGGUUUUGAAGUCCCCAGAAAUCUAGUGGGGGAGCGGAGAGAGGAAAUACGCCGAGCAGUCUGGGCUACAGUUGCACAUGGGGGCUGUGUCACGCUAACUCUCAAGCAUAGAACUGCAUUCCCCGGAGAGCUUGGCCUAGAGUGGGAUCCUUUCGUCUGCCUGGCUCUCCUUCUACCGUGCCCACAACCGCAUUCCUAACCCUCCCCCAGGAGCAGCCUGGACUGACACUGCCUUGAGAGCAGGGUGCUUUACUCUGGGUUCCGCUGGGUCUCCUUAGCAGGGAUGGCAAGUUGAUUCCCGAUCCCAUAGCUGGUUUAUGGUUGAGUGUAUCAGCUAUCUGGUUGGAGGGGGAGCUAGCAAUGGUAAAGACCUAAACACGCAGCCAGCAUUCCCCCUCUCCCAUUUCAUGUGCAGUUGCCAAAGGAGGUGGUUUGCUGGGCCUGUGGAAUGUUCCCAAAAGGGGUCUCUGGGUGGGGGCCGCAGGGGCUGUUUGUGUCUAGACUCUCUUGUGCGACGUGUGUGAAGCGAGGGGCUGUCUGGAGUGUGCUCAGUUGUGUUGUAAAUGGAAGACGAGAAACUCGCAUAUACGUCCGUUCAGUGUAUGAACCGUGCCGUUUCUGACUCGCAGCAGUUUGAACAAAGGGUCUCCCCAGAGUUUAUGCAGGUAAAUUCUAAGAACUUGUGGCAUUGUUACUUAAUGCAUCAUAUGGUGAAAAAAAUAGACCAUUGUAACCUUUUUCAUGUAAAGCAAUGUAACUGGCAUUAAAUACGUUGUGAAUUUAA